AUGAAUAAUUAUUAGUCUUUGUAAAAAUAUUUCCUAUUUUAAUAGUUCAAAUCCAGUUUAUGAACCAAUACCGACACCUUUAACACCGUAUUUUUUAACUUUAUUUUAGAAAAUAUGAAGCUCUCUUUUCAUCUUAAAUACAAAAUGCUACUAAUUCGAAUGAAAACAUUGACUAGUUGAAAUAGGAAUUCAAUUAAAAUACUUCAGUUAGAAAGAGUGCCUAAUUUGCUAAUGAAAUCAGGCAUAGCGCUAGAAGUACUUUGAGCGAAGUGGAAUUGAGAGAUAUUGUUAAACAUAAAAAUUAUGUUGCCUGCCAAAUAUUUUGA